CAAAAUUUAGUUCGUUUAUUUCAGUUAAGGUUUGUUAAGUAACGGACUCACAAGAAUUAUUUUCCUUACCAUACAAAAUCUAAGUUUUAGAUUAAACUUUUUGUUAAAAAUAUGACUUAAAAAAACAAAAAUACUCUAUUAUUUGCUUUAACAAAAAUUGCUAGGAUGGAGUCAAUUGACGGAAUAAAUUCAAUUGACUUGGAGUCAUCAUCUCUAACUAAUACUAAAAACGCGGAUAGUUCUAUUUGCGAAAAAGAUGACCGCUUGGGUCAACUUAGUACUCCCGAGGGCCUGCGAGCACAAAAUUCAAAAUAUGGCAAAAUCGACAAAGAACGAAAAAUCGGCCAUCGGCGUGUGGGUGAAGGUGGAGAAAUUACGUACAAAAAAAUUCAAACUUCACAGAUCAUGGGCUCCAUUCAGUUGGGAAUACAACAUACGGUCGGAAGUCUUGCAUCUAAGCCAAAGCGAGAUCUCCUUAUGAUGGAUUUUUGGGAGAUAGAAAGCAUAUCAUUUUCUCCUGAAGGCUCUAGUUUAACUCCUGCACAUCACUACAGCGAAUUUAGAUUUAAAAUAUAUGCUCCCAUUGCAUUUCGUUAUUUUAGAGAUUUGUUUGGAAUUCAACCAGAUGACUUCAUGAUGUCAAUGUGUUCAGCUCCUUUGAGAGAAUUAUCAAAUCCGGGUGCAUCCGGUUCAAUAUUUUACCUAACCAACGAUGACGAGUUUAUAAUAAAAACCGUCCAACAUAAAGAGGGAGAAUUCUUACAAAAACUUUUGCCAGGAUAUUAUAUGAAUUUAAAUCAAAAUCCAAGGACGUUGUUGCCAAAAUUCUUUGGUCUUUACUGCUUUCAAUGCAAUAGCAAAAAUGUUCGAUUAAUUGUUAUGAAUAAUCUGCUACCAUCAUUUGUGAAAAUGCAUCUUAAAUACGAUUUAAAAGGAUCAACAUACAAACGGAAAGCAUCGAAAGCUGAACGGGGUAAGAAAUCGCCAACAUUUAAGGACCUGGAUUUCAUGGAACAUCAUCCAAAUGGAAUUCUUCUUGAAGCCGAAACAUAUAAUGCAUUGAUUAAAACAAUUCAACGCGACUGUACUGUCUUAGAGUCUUUCAAAAUAAUGGACUAUUCACUUUUAGUCGGUGUUCAUAAUUUAGAUCUUUCUUCCAAAGAGAAACAGAAUGCCCGUAAUACAAAUCCAAAGGCAAACCUUCCCAAUAAAAGUGAAGAUUCGGAUUUAGAAGAUGCUCCUGAGGCUGAUCAGUGCAUUGCAAUGGAGGGACGUGAAAACUCUAGUAUCAAUAGAAAUAGCUUAUUAUAUAGAUCUGUUAAUAAACAACGUCUGGUUGCACACUCUACAGCAAUGGAGAGUAUCCAAGCGGAAAGCGAGCCUAUUGAUGACGAAGAUGAUGUUCCACCUGGUGGUAUUCCUGCCCGAAGCGAAAAAGGAGAAAGGUUGCUUCUUUUUAUCGGAAUAAUUGAUAUUUUGCAAUCUUACCGGUUGAAAAAAAAGUUAGAGCAUACUUUUAAGGCCAUAAUACACGACGGAGAAACCGUAUCUGUUUGCCGUCCAUCCUUUUAUGCGCAACGCUUUCAAAACUUCAUGGCUAAAAAGGUGUUUAGAAAAAUCCCUUCACUGGAUCUCCCAGAAAUUAAGGGGAACCAUAGAAAGUUUCGUACUUUGGUAUCAAGUUAUAUAGCCCUUAAACAUUCCCCAUCGAAGAAGAAGAGUUUAUCGCGGGUUAUACAAAAGUCUAUUGAUAGCGAAACGGAAUCCCGGUCUGCUAACACUGCUGGCCUAUCUCAAGUAUCAAGUAGCCAAGUUUCAAAACCACCAAACAGAGCAACAGCAGUGGCUUCAAAUUCGAGUGGACCUCAAAGCAAACAAAAAUCAGCAAGUACUGUUAAAGCGAAAGUACCACCACCAGUGCCACCACGGGGAUCUCCUCGAAAUAAAAAAGGAGAACAAACGCGACAACCAAAAUCCACAUCCGUUUUAGAGGAGCAAUCUUCUCUACAGCAACGAGCUUCAUCAACAGGCACUACACCUUCUUGUUGCUCGACACCUCCCCCUGCUUUUGAUGAAAUUUCUGAAGAAAGCUUACAGAAACAAAGUUCUGGACGUAGAAAGAAUGAACGUCAAGUGAACACAAGCGGAUCGAUGUUGAGAACAUCAACCAGGGAAGAUACAAUUAGUGUUUCUGAAGUUCAUUUGGAACCAUACCUUGCUGUUGAUACCUCGCUUAGCAGUCAAUAUUCUUCUCGUGGUGGCUUAGCAUGGACCCCACCCGCCUCAGGUGAAGGUUCAACUCCAACGUGGACCGAAGGUACACCAAGUUUUACGGAUUCCAGUUCAAGCGGAGACUUCGAUAAUUUUUCGCCCAUAAGCAGACCUAAAUUCGAUAGACAUAAGCCAACCGUUGAAGAUGCCCUAAGUUCGCUCACUUCAGAAAUGAUAAACUAACAUCGCUGCAGUAAAACAGUAAUAACAUAUACAUAUGCCACAUACAAUUUUAACUAGUUCUAGUUUAAUUUGUUCGUUUGAUCAUAGAUAGAACCUAUAACGUAUGUACAAUAAUAGAUCGUUGUAUUCAUUUGUAUUUAUUAUCAAAUUAUACUGUAAAUCUUGUCUUAUAUUACUAUGUAUGUAUGUAAAAUAAUCAAUAAAUUCAAUCGUUCAUGAAUCAAAUUAAUAA